GCUGUGUGCAGAUGGAUGGGCCUCCUCAGGACGGAGAGAAAGGAGCCUGGUCCUAGGGGGUGUACCCAAGGCCACCACCGCCACGUGACUCUGAAUCACUUCCCCUCACCCGAAGUUUCCUUCCAUUUCUACUUCUCCAAGACGCAGCGCACACCGAGAAGGAAUGAGAAAGUUCCUUGGGGGGAGGGGCGAGCCCCUGGGGUGGUUAUUAACUCCGGGACGGAGAAGCCGCGUAGGCGUGGGGCAGCCCGGUGGGCUCCUGGCUGGUCUGGUUCAGAGGUGGGGCGUGGGCUCCGCUCGGUACUCACCGAUGAGCGUGACGGCCCGGGGCAGCUUCUUGCUGUCCAUGCCCGCGCUCUGCAGCAGCCUGGCGUCCUCUUUGAUACCACCACACGCCUGCUGCUGGGAGCCAUUGCAGUCCUGCUGUUCGCCAUCUUGGUGGUGAUGAGCAUCUUGGCUUCCAAGGGCUGCAUCAAGUGUGAGACGCCCUGUCCUGAGGAUUGGCUGCUCUACGGAAGGAAAUGCUACUACUUCUCCGAGGAGCCCCGAGACUGGAACACGGGGAGGCAAUACUGCCAUACCCAUGAGGCAGCACUGGCUGUGAUCCAGAGCCAGAAGGAACUGGAAUUUAUGUUCAAGUUCACACGGAGGGAACCCUGGAUUGGCCUGCGCAGAGUUGGAGACGACUUCCAUUGGGUCAAUGGGGACCCAUUUGACCCAGACACAUUCACCAUCUCGGGGAUGGGGGAGUGCGUCUUUGUGGAACCCACCAGGCUGGUGUCUACAGAGUGUCUGGCGACCCGGCCCUGGGUGUGCAGCAAGAUGGCCUACACGUGACUUGGCUCUGGCAGGAGGUGGCCCCUCUGCCCAGGUCCAAGGGCAGUGUCUGUUCUACCUACCACCUGCUUCCAGCAGGAGCCACCACCCUCUCUGAAUGGAAGUAGCCAGCCAGGUGGUCUCUGCCACUGUCCCCUCUUGGGCUCCAGAGCUCAGAGGCCCUGGUUCCUGGCUUCUCCUGUCCCCAGGCAGGCCCUGCGGCUUAGCAGUUAUAUCUCAUGUGCUAAGUAGUGUAGACAUCUUGCCCCCAUACACACAAGCACACGUGUGUACACACGUGUACACACACAAACACACCACACACACACGCAGGCUCUUUGUAAUAGGUCACCCUUCCUUGGCUCUGCCCAGGAGCUUCCUCACUGCAGCCCUGGUGCUUCUGGGCAGAAGGGGGCUGACAUGGAUCAUACAGCUUUUGGCUCAGCAGCCUGCCCUCCCUAGUGGAUUCUCUCAGGUUGCUGGGGGAGGCAGGCAGGCACAGCUUCCUCUGCACCUUGGAGAGAACAGCCAGGGCUGGAGGUCCCUGGGUCAGUCCUCCCUGCCUUCCCGGGGUCCUCAGGCAGGGCCCCUGCUGUGCUGUGGUGCUGUUGUCACUAAUGGAAUAAAGGCAUAACUGCA